AUGUUCGCCUCGCAGUUCAAGUUCUUCAUUAGGCCCUCCACCACGGGUGCGGCGCGUCGUGCGUUGUCGACCAUCAAGACGUCGACGAAGGAGUCGCAAGAACUUCUAGUUGCGCAGCGCAAGAACAGACCUGUGUCUCCCCACCUUACUAUCUACCAGCCACAGCUAACCUGGUAUUUGUCGUCCGUGCAUCGUAUUUCCGGUGUGCUGCUCGGCGGUGCGUUCUACGCUGUCACAAUCUCGUUCGGUGUGUCUGCCCUUCUCGGUUUGGGCCUCAACGCCGAAAACCUCGCAACAUGGUACCACUCACACAUGCCAACUUGGGGUGACCUCACUGUCAAGGGUGGUGCUGCGUACCUCUUUGCGUUCCACUUUGGAAACGGUAUUCGCCAUCUGAUUUGGGACAUGGGACGUGAACUGUCCCUGAAGGGCGUUUACCGCACUGGCUACGCUGUGCUGGGCCUAAUGGCUGUCGGAGGGACCUAUCUACUGACGCUGUGA